AUGGCUGCAGGCACUGAUUUCUCACCUCCAUUUAGAAUUUUAGAAGGUGGUUACACAAAGAACUAUGUGGCUUCCAUGGAAGAUAAAAUUUCAGAAAAUCCUGACAAUUUGAAGCAAAUUACGAAUGGGAGACCUCCACAGCAGCUUGCAGUUGUACGCCAUUGCAUAAGCUCUGCUACACUAGCAGAUGCUACUGACUUGGAUUUAGAUAAUGGGGUUGUUAGCAUCAAGUCACCUUCAGAUGGAAAAUCAGACUUCGUACCGGUGUUUCGAUCAGGAAGCUGUGCUGAGAAAGGACCCAAGGAGUACAUGGAGGAUGAACACAUAUGUAUAGACGAUCUUCUAGAACAUUUGGGUGGCAGUGCAGGUUUCCCUUCUCCUGGAGCUUUUUAUGGGGUGUUUGAUGGCCAUGGUGGUACUGAUGCAGCAUCAUUUAUUAGAAAGAACAUUCUCAAGUUUAUAGUUGAGGACGCCCAUUUUCCUGUGUGUUUGGAGAAGGCAAUGAAGAAUGCUUUCGUGACAGCUGAUCAUGCAUUUGCAGAUGAUAGUUCUCUUGACAUCUCCUCCGGCACCACUGCAUUGACUGCUCUGAUAUUUGGAAGAACAAUGAUAGUUGCCAAUGCUGGUGAUUGUCGGGCUGUGCUGGGUAAACGAGGUAGAGCAAUUGAGCUGUCUAAGGACCACAAACCCAACUGCACAUCUGAAAGACUAAGAAUAGAAAAACUCGGUGGAGUUAUAUAUGAUGGGUACCUCAAUGGCCAAUUAUCUGUGGCACGUGCUCUUGGAGACUGGCACAUGAAGGGCCCUAAAGGUUCUGCCUGCCCCUUAAGCGCAGAGCCUGAGUUGCAGGGGACACCAUUGACUGAGGAUGAUGAGUUUCUGAUAAUGGGUUGUGAUGGCCUCUGGGACGUGAUGAGCAGCCAGUAUGCUGUUACAAUGGCAAGGAAAGAACUGAUGCUACACAAUGAUCCUGAAAGAUGCUCGAGAGAGCUGGUUAGGGAAGCCCUCAAGCGCAAUACAUGUGAUAAUUUGACAGUUAUUGUAAUCUGUUUCUCGAUGGAUCCUCCCCCUCGAAUAGAGAUACCCCAAACCCGAGUUAGGAGGAGUAUUUCAGCAGAAGGGCUGAAUUUUCUGAAAGGUGUAUUAGAAAGUAACUCAUGA